UUCCAAAUAGAAGUUAAGUCAUGAGUUAAAGAGGAAAGACUUUUGCUUUAAAUUUUUUUUUUUGUCUUUUCUUUUUCAGUGCUGGGGCUUGAUCCCUUGGAGUCAAGCUUGCUACACAAGUACUUUACCACUAUAUCCCAGCACUAAAGAGGAAAGACUUGUAAGGGCAAAGACCAAAUCUCAUUGGCUCUCUUCCCACUGGUGAACACAAAACUGAUGUGUUGUAGCAAUGUGACAUUGCACUAGAUCUCGAGAGUUGUGAACCUAGCUUAAGCUUUCCAUAACAGAUCUUCUUUAACUUAGCCUUUGAAGAUUCUAGUUUGAGAUAAAAGGAGGGAGAAUAUGGCACAGAGUACUAUUGAAUAUUCCUCCAGUUUGUAUAAGGUGGAUUGUUACUUGGUCUGGUGAGUUUGAACUCAUCUCAGUCUGGAUAGAUUCAUGUCAUCUUCACCCCAGUAUAUGAUAGGAAACGAAAUAAUUUUACUAAAAUCUUUGCUUCCCUUUAUCCCUUUAGGACACCUGCUACAAGACCCUAUUGCACCUACCAACUCUACCUGCCAACACUAUGUCUGCAAAACCUGUAAAGGAAAGAAAAUGAUGAUGAAACCUUCGUGUAGCUGGUGCAAAGACUAUGAGCAAUUUGAGGAAAACAAGCAGUUAAGCAUCCUUGUGAACUGCUACAAAAAACUGUGUGAAUACAUAACACAGACCACACUGGCACGGGAUAUAAUUGAAGCAGUUGACUGCUCUUCUGAUAUUUUGGCUUUGCUCAAUGAUGGAUCAUUGUUCUGUGAGGAGACAGAAAAACCCUCAGAUUCAUCUUUUACUUUGUGUUUGACACAUUCCCCUUUACCUUCAACCUCAGAAGUCACGACUAAUCCUCAAGCUAGUUUAUCUCCAAUGUCUGAAAGUACUCUCAGCAUUGCUAUCGGCAGUUCUGUUAUCAAUGGUUUGCCUACUUACAAUGGGCUCUCGAUAGACCGGUUUGGUAUAAAUAUCCCUUCACCUGAACACUCAAAUACUAUUGAUGUGUGUAAUACCGUUGACAUAAAAACGGAGGACCUGUCUGACAGCCUGCCACCUGUGUGUGACACAGUAGCCACGGAUCUAUGCUCCACCGGCAUUGAUAUCUGCAGUUUCAGUGAAGACAUCAAACCCGGUGACUCCCUCUUACUGAGUGUGGAGGAAGUACUCCGCAGCUUAGAAACUGUUUCAAAUACAGAGGUUUGUUGUCCUAAUUUGCAGCCAAACUUGGAAGCCACUGUAUCCAAUGGACCUUUUUUGCAGCUUUCUUCCCAGUCUCUUAGCCAUAAUGUUUUUAUGUCAACCAGUCCGGCACUUCAUGGGUUAUCAUGUACAGCAGCAACUCCCAAGGUAGCAAAAUUAAAUAGGAAACGGUCCAGGUCAGAAAGCGACAGUGAAAAAGUUCAGCCACUUCCAAUUUCUACCAUUAUCCGAGGCCCAACGCUGGGGGCAUCUGCUCCUGUGACAGUGAAGAGAGAGAGCAAAAUCUCUCUCCAACCCAUAGCAACUGUUCCCAAUGGAGGCACCACACCCAAAAUCAGCAAAACUGUCCUUUUAUCUACUAAAAGCAUGAAGAAGAGUCAUGAACAUGGAUCCAAGAAGUCUCACUCUAAAACCAAGCCGGGUAUUCUAAAGAAAGACAAAGCUGUCAAGGAAAAGCUUCCUAGUCAUCACUUUAUGCCAGGAAGUCCCACCAAGACUGUGUACAAAAAGCCCCAGGAGAAGAAAGGGUGUAAAUGUGGACGUGCUACUCAGAACCCAAGUGUUCUUACAUGCCGUGGCCAGCGCUGCCCUUGCUACUCUAACCGGAAAGCCUGCUUAGAUUGUAUAUGUCGAGGCUGCCAAAACUCCUAUAUGGCCAAUGGGGAGAAGAAGCUGGAGGCAUUUGCUGUGCCAGAAAAGGCCUUGGAGCAGACCAGGCUCACUUUGGGCAUUAAUGUGACUAGCAUUGCUGUGCGUAACGCUAGUACCAGCACCAGUGUAAUUAAUGUCACAGGGUCCCCAGUAACGACGUUUUUAGCUGCCAGUACACAUGAUGAUAAAAGUUUGGAUGAAGCUAUAGACAUGAGAUUCGACUGUUAAAUCAGUGGGUCUUCAAACCUACCUCUGGUAGGGAAAUAGCUACAGUUUUACGGCAGCUAUGGUUCUGUUGGUUUAACUUGCCGGAGCUCCUGCAUAUAGAUCACUUGUAUCAAGUGUUUUCAUUGAUAAGUUAUAUGUGUUAGUGUCGGGGAAAUAGUUUUCAGAUAAUGGAGGAGUAACCCUACAACUGUUAUGUUCUUAGUUCUUACAGAACCUCAUAGUUCAAGAACAAAUGCUGAUGCAACUGAUUUAUACAGAAUGAACUUUGGCAAGGAGAAUAACAUUAACCUCAUUGUUUCUGGUCAUGCUUUGUGCAUAAUCAAAGUUUAUGAUUAAAUGUAAGGAAGUGGUAUCGAGUCAGUCCAUAUAGAUUGUGAGACUCUCUUUGUGAAAAAGUAGCCACUAGUUUAUCCCGAAGACUCAAGUGUAGCUCUCAUGCCACACUGACGUUUCUUCUGUUGAAACGCUGAUGUGCCCAGUUCAACUUUUGUGCUGACUAUUUAAUACCAUUUCUAAGAUCAUGAAAAUUAGCUACUGGUAUGUAGCAGUUCUUAAAUCAGCAGUAUUAUGGAAGAAAAUUUCCCCCUCAUUAGAAUGUUUAAGAAAUCUGUCUUUUGAAAAAAAUGUGAACAGAUUGUCAGACUACAGAUCCUUAACUAUUUUUCCUACAAAACUUUGAACCGCCUGUCUUGCGAGGUCUGACUCAUUUCUAGGGAAAAAUUCUGAGAUCCUUCCUUUGAGCAACAUUCUAAUUGGAUAAAUGAUGUGAAGAGCAUUUAUUCUGAAGGUAUUUGAAUUCAGACAAUAGUACAUGACAAUAUUUUUUUUAAGUUUAAAGGUUUUAUUUAGAAAUUGGGAUUUAUUUGAAAUUUUUUUGGAAUAAUGCCCCAAACAUACCUAUAUUUAUGCAUUCUAUUAAUUGCCAUUGGCCACUCUUCUGUUUAUUUGCCACAGACUUUAUUUUGAAUAUGCUCUUUUUUUUUUUCAGGGUGCUAUUCAUUAUGCUGGCUUCUUUAUCGGGGCCUAAUAAAAUGCCUUUUUAUGAAGCCUGUGCAGUUAGGUAGGUCUAAAGCUAGGAGGAUUUUCUUUAGAAUGCUUUUUUGCAUGUAAAGCACAAACUGUUUCAGUUUAAAUGUACUAAUUCCCUUUAAUUUUUAAGGGGAAAACAAACAUUCUGUUGAAGGGAAAUCUGGUCAGUUGUUUGAAGAGCACAGCCCAAGUAGACGAGGACUGACUAGGUAUAGAGACAACCUUGAUUUUAAAGAGUUGCUACUUUGACAGUGCUUACUGUAAGAACAUACUGCUGGGAAGAUCCCAGUUCCUAUUAUGUCUCCAGAUCUGACAAGUGUUGGAGUUAUGUUUUGAUUUGGCACACAGCAUGUUCAAUGAUGGUUACUCACCUCGUACAAGACAUGGAGAAGAAUCCUUUGGACACAGAGCAGAUGACACCUUCUUCUGUUUUGUAGUGUAUCCUGGUGUCAUUUUCUGUGAAUGUGGUCAGGUAGAGUUGUUUUGUUGUCUUUUUUGUGUGUGUGUGUGUGGGUGUGCGCGUGCGUGUGCGUUUUUUUUUUUUCCUUUUGGUCUCUUUGGUGGGGUGGGGGUGGGCUAAAGCCAUAGGAAGAAAAAUGUGAUGUAUGUGUCCCGUAUGUACUAUUUUGUUUUUGUUUUGCAAGAAGAGUUGAACUAUUUUUGAUAACAAGAGUAAAUGGUGGAAAAUGCUUCUUAGUUGUCUUGUCUUUAUUUGCUUUCCAAGUUUUGGAAUUUUAUUUAAUUCCUCUAAGUGUUAGCUGUGUCUUAAUGAAAAAUGUAUUUACCUAAAGUUUGUAACAGUUUUGUGUUGAACCCAGAUGCCCUGCUAUAUAAACUUGUAAAUCUGUUCUUUAUUCACUAAUGAUCACUGCAAAAAUGACUAGAAAUGAAAUUGUACACAUGGAUGAUUAGAAUAUAUUUUGCAAAUCUCCCAAACUUUCCUAAUACUAUGAUUUUAAAAUUAUGGAGUACUUUAUUGCUUCCCAGGUUUGAUAAUCUUAGUUUUGUGUUUUUUUGAUGCAUGGGAGGUUGGCAAUAUAGGCAAAGUGAAAAUCAUUAGCAUGUGAGGACCUUGAUUGUUAUGUAAUAUUGCCAAUGAUGAAUUCAGGUUGUUUUUAGCACAAGUUUCUCUUUUUUAUGCUGGUAUUCUCACUGCCACACUUUUGAAAACCUGUAUUACACCUUAAAUCUAUCAAUAAAUGAUAGUUUUCUAAUUGUA